UGCACUGCUAACACAUCGCACGAACGACACGAUAUCGUAUUAUCUCUAGCGCGUGUGAUGUACGUACAUACGUACUUUUUCUCGUGAUCGCGCUUGCAUUUGGCCGUGUAAAUACUUCAACCGUGAUUUUGCUCAUGCACUUUCUCUCGCUCACGUGCGCCGGAAAAUAAAUAAAUAGUAAACGCUGCAUUACGGAACCCAAAGAUACAAUUGCAAUUGUAAGCUUUUUCAUUAUUAUCGACUUCUCUCUCUCUCUCUCUCUUCUCUCUCUCUGUCUCUGUCUCUCCCUCUCUCUCCCUCUUUCUCUUUCUCGCGACGUAGCAAUAACAAACUAGCUAUAUAAAAAAGUUUCACUUUUUUCCCCCUUAUUUUCCGUACGAUUUGCUUGCUUGUAAUUUCUUUUUCACACUCGUACAAAUCAUCGACACGGUUUUUAGUGCGGUAAUAUAUUUGCAAUACAGUACGUUCAUUUACAAAAUGGAAACAAUUACAACAGUGCUUUCAUUUCAAGCACCAAAUCAUUAUGUCAAUAUGCAAGAUAGUUCUUCUAUGUUAAUUCCUCUUCAUUAAGCAAACGACAAAUGUCACCACAUCAGCAACUUAUCUGCAUUAGACUACGGUCAAUGAAAUAGUUUAUUUUGGAGAGUUCAAAUCAAUUAUUGACUCACAACUACUGGAACAAUGCAUUUCUGGAUCGAUAAACCUGCAGGAAGAUACUAUGGAUUUAGUGGUCGACGUUACCCUGCUAUGUCUUUUCCAAAGACGCAUUUUACAGGCAACCAUCGAAGAUGUGGUAAUGCAUUAGAUGCACACAGACUGCACAUGGUUACUCCAGUUCAUCGAUUUCAGACUGUCAACAGUAGUGCAAACUCUGCUGGACCUAGUGCUUCCAACUCCAGCAGAUGCUCUAGACAAGGUACAAAUAAUAGCAAUAGAAACCUUUCCAAUAAUUCUGGAUUAUCACCUGGACAAGAGAAUAGCAAUAAUAAUGUAAAUAACUCAAAUAACAAUCAGCAAGCACUGCCUCAGUCAACAAGUGCUACAAACAGAGGUCUUCUUAAUUUUUCUGAGUUUAGUGAUGCUGAAAUGGCAGGUUAUCGUUUACGUUGCAGUGUGUGGAUUAUUUUUAUAUUAGCUACUGGUUUUGUAGCUGCAGCUAGAUUUUAUUUUGAUCACCAGCAGGGUGCUGGUUUGGAAGUACUUGUGUUCUGUGGACUUUUAGCAACUCUUCUGAUGUCUGGAUGCUUCUACUCGGUGACAUGCCGACGCGCCCAAAACAGCCAUCAUCAAGAAGUCCAAGCUGAACCUAUCGCGACUGUUACCGUUGCCAACCCAAACUCUAAUGAAAGUAAUAGGCAAGUCCUAAUGCCUAUCAGACAAAACCCACCCCCUCCAUAUCAUAUAGCAAUUCUCAUUCCUCCUCCAAUAUCACCAGAAGAAACACCCCCGCCUGCAUACGACAAAAUCAUGCAAUAAAAUCACCU